AUGACGUCAAUGCAGCGCAGCUACGUUAGCGAGCUAGUUGUUUCUGGACACAGCAGAAGCAGGCUGAAUGUGAAAAGCUUCUUUGUGAGGAAACAUCUGCUGAAACUGUCCGAAAAAAAGGAAAAAGUUUUCCACAGACAGAGUCACUUGUUGGUCCACAUGAGAACUCACACAGGUGAGAAGCCGUAUUGUUGUGAGACAUGUGGAAAAACUUUCAGUGAUCAGUCUUGUUUAAGAAAACACAUGAGAACUCACACAGCCGAGAAGCCGUAUUAUUGUGAAACAUGUGGAAAGUGUUUCCUUCAUCGGAAAAAUUUGUUGGUCCACAUUAGAACUCACACAGGUGAGAACCCAUAUUCUUGUGAGACAUGUGGAAAAACUUUCAGUUACCAGUCUCGUUUUAAAACACACAUGAGAACUCACACAGGUGAGAAGCCGUAUUGUUGUGAGACAUGUGGAAAAGGUUUCAGUUAUCAGAGUAAUAAGGUGGUCCACAUGAGAAUUCACUCUGGUGAGAAGCCAUAUUCUUGUGAGACAUGUGGAAAUAGUUUCAGUCACCAGUCUGGUUUAAGAACACACAUGAGAACUCACACUGGUGAGAAGCCGUAUUGUUGUGAAGCAUGUGGAAAUAGUUUCAGUCACCAGUCUGGUUUAAGAAUACACAUGAGAACUCACACUGGUGAGAAACCGUAUUGUUGUGAAUCAUGUGGAAAAUGUUUCCUUCUCAACACAGUCAUAAACUGGCCCACAUGA